ACACAGAGAGACAUCAGAGGACGAGCAGAGAGUGGAUUCUGUUGAUCUCGACACCAUGAGGUUCGAGGAGGUCUUAGACGAUGUUGGUGGCUUCUCCAAGUUCCAAUUCGUGCUCCUGUUCAUCCUGUGCUUCCCCCGUGCCAUCCUCCCCCUCCACUUCCUCCUGCACAACUUUGUCUCUGCGACACCUCCUCACCGCUGUGCCCUCGGGAGCCCAGAGGACGGAGAUGGGGUGUCGCUGAGCUCUGACCCAGAGAGGCUGGCCCUCAGGAUCCCCCGUCAAGAUGACGACUCCCUCAGCUCCUGCAGAGUCUAUGACCCCCCUCUGACCUCCGGGCUCAACCCACAAAACAGGACAGCACCUUGUCCCCAUGGGUGGAUCUACGACCAAUCACAGUUCAGCUCCACAACGGCCACCGAGUGGGAUCUGGUGUGUGACGACAAACAGCUGAAUCAAGCUCUCGCCACGUAUUUCUUCCUCGGUGUGACGCUGGGAUCAGUUCUGUUUGGACAGCUUUCUGACAAGUUUGGUCGUAAGUCGAUGCUUCUGGUGGCUUUAAUGGCCUCCACCACUCUGGGAGUCACCUCGGCCUUCUCCACCUCCUACAUCAUGUUCGCUGUCUGCAGGGCACUCUGCGGUGUGGCCCUCAGUGGGCUGUCAAUCAUCGGCGUGGUCCUCAGUAUCGAGUGGACAGACGUGAAGCACCGGACCUUCACUGGCACCGUCAUGAGUUUGUCGUGGAGCGUGGGGAACAUGCUCCUGGCCCUGCUGGCCUACUACAUACGAGACUGGAGACACCUGGUGCUGGCGGUGACAGCGCCCUGCGUCGCUGCCAUCAUCUCCUGGUGGUGGCUGCCGGAGUCGGCCCGCUGGUUGCUGGCCAAUGGCAGAGUAGAGGAAGCCAAGAAGUAUCUGGUUCAGUGCGCCAAAAUGAACCGGAGGAACGAACAGACAUCCAGACUGGACACUGAGGUUCUGGGGAAGGUGACGGUGUCUGAGGUGGCUGAGAAGAACCACUCCUACCUGGAUCUGGUCAAAACACCUCAGCUGAGGAAGAUCACCCUGUGUUCUGGAUUGUUCUGGUUUGCUGUUGCCUUCCUGUACUAUGGGAUCAGCUUCAAGAUCUCAGGUUUCGGCGUCAGCAUGUACCUCACACAGUUCAUUUACGGUGCCAUCGAAGUUCCUGCCAAAAUCCUGACCUUCUUCGUGUUGGACUGGAUCGGUCGUCGGAACGGCCAGGCCUGCUUUCUGAUCACAACAGGAACUCUGAUAGGAAUAAACACAGCUGUACCUUUAGAGUACUCUGUGCUUCGUACAUGCAUCGCUGUGGUGGCGAAGGGUUUCUCAGAGGCAGCAUUCACCACAGCGUUCCUUUACUCAACUGAACUCUACCCAACUAUCCUCAGGCAGUGUGGUUUAGGCUACACCUCAUGUCUCUGUCGGAUUGGGAGCUCCGUGGCACCAAUGAUCAUGCUGCUGGAGGACGUCUGGCUUCUUCUGCCGCCGCUGAUCUUUGCUGGGACGGGGAUCGUCAGCGGCAGCUUGGUCUUCAUGCUCCCAGAGACACUCAACGUCCCUCUCCCUGAAAACAUCUUGGAUGUUGAGGAAGGAAGACACCGGCAGAGUGACCUCAACAGAGAUGCAAAGAUUGAGCUGAAGGAAAUAAACUCUCGAGACACGACAGCGUCACAGGACAACUGAUGAGCUGCAGAGUUUCUCCCUGGUAGCUAAAAGAUUAAUUCUGUCUGCAGCCUGACGUGGACAGAUGACCUCAAAUGUAUGUCGGAAUAAAAAUGUGUUGAGAAGAACAGACAUUAAAGACUUGUUUUAAAACCUUCAACAAGCUGCUGACGAUACUCAGCUGUCAAUCAAUGACUGUCAGUGUUGAGUUUCAGGUGACACUUUGAACAUCUGCUGAUAUCAAACUGAAUACAAACAAACCCCCGCGAACACGCCACAGAAGAAGACAAAGCCUGGUAGACAUUUCCUUCAAAUUCUUUAUUCUGGUUCACUAAAUGAAUUAAAAGGCACACUGUGACACAGUAUUUAACUUAGCUUUUUGUGUCUAUCAUGGUUGGUGGAGAGCUACAUACGAAAGCAAAUGAAACCAAAGUAAAACUACUUUAUAGAUACUGUAAAUAAAACCAGACUCUCUGUGAGGCUGUACAGUGCUGCUUUAAUUAAAUGCCAAAACCAGCAUGCUAACAUCAUUACAAUGCCAGUUCUAACAUGCAGAUGUUAGCAGGUACAAUAUUUGUGAUGUUCACCUUUUUAACAUCAUUAUCAGUUAAAAUAAAGUCCAGCUGCGGCUAAUUAAAAUGUCUAUAGUUCUGCAGGUAUUUUGCAACC